AUGGCGACGGCUCACGGAUCAGUCGACAUCAAUCUACCACAGCUACCAGCCGAUCAUGACCAUGUCAUUCAGUAUCUCUCCGCCAACAAGGACAAGCCAAUGUCUGAACUGCUGGAACCCUACAAGCAGUAUGACAAUGAGAUGCGCAAGGUCUUCGCGCAGCAGCCAAACCAUCCAGCCGCCACGAAGCCUAGCGUUCUGCCAUUAUUCGCGGGCCAUGAGCAAGACGUGCGCAUCCGUGCUCGCCAUCUCAAAGCCGAGAGCCAAAAGGAGCAAGAAUGCUUGAUCAUGCCACUGAAGCACGAAGAUCGACGCGCAGAUGGCUCUCCAGCGGUCGUUCAGUCAUUGAAGGAGUUCCGCACUAACUUCAAUGUCUUCUCGGAGUCUUCUCUUGUUGAUAUGAACUGGGACAAUGUCGUGGUCGCUGGCUCUGCUGUGGUUACAUCUCUGCUUGCUGUGCCAAAGAAGCAUGGCCGUUCCAAGCGAGCGCUGCGCAACUACUAUCACGAGAAGCUGGCUCCAGCGUCUGAUGUUGAUUUGUUCUUGCAUGGACUCACGGAAGCACAGGCUACAGAAAAGAUCAAGCAGAUUGAGAAGAAUAUUCGCGAUGCCAUUUUGGUGGAGACGACAACCGUUCGGACCAAGAACGCCAUCACGAUCGCCAGCCAGUACCCUACACGCCAUGUCCAGAUUGUGCUUCGCAUCUACAAAUCCAUUUCUGAGAUUCUGACUGGCUUCGACGUAGACUGUUCUUGUGCGGCAUACAACGGCGAGCAGGUAUAUCUCAGUCCACGCGCUUUGGCUGCGUAUAUGACUCAGAUCAACACUCUGGACCUGACUCGUCGCUCACCUUCGUACGAAAACCGGCUGAGCAAGUAUGCGCAUCGAGGCUUCGAGAUCUACUGGCCAAAUCUUGAUCGCUCGAGGAUCGAUCCCACCAUCUACGAGCGCUCCUUUGGCCGCACUGAAGGUCUCGCUCGACUGCUCAUCCUAGAGAAGCUUCCGAAGAGUGCGGAUCGUGAUGCUUAUCUUGAUCAACGCCGUGCCGAACGCGGACGACCUGCCGUAAACCGUUGGCGUAUGAACCGACGUCAAAUUCAUGGCAACAUCAAGAACGACCACCAGGAUGAAGUUGCUGAAUGGGUGGAUUCAGACGAAGUUUCCGACUAUCAUACUUUCACCAUUCCAUAUGGACCGAAGUUUCACGCACGCAAGAUCGAGAAACUGCUAUACACCAAAGACUUGCUGCUCAACUCGGAAUGGAACAAGCCUAAGGAGAGAGAGGUCAAUCUGCAUCGACACCCGGCAUUCUUUGGUCGUGCCAAGGACGUUUUCCAGGACUGUUGCGGCUAUUGUCCUGUUCCAAGCACCAUGGAGGAAGAAGAGGUAGCUCGAGAGGAGAGCAAGAUCUAUGUAUCCGGGGAGAUUUCUUACAUCAAAGACGACCCAGGACGACAAGCCAUCGGCUCUUUCAAUCCUCUCACCGCUGAAGACUGGACCGAUAUGGCAUAUGUUGGCAAUACAGCACAGCUGUGCAAGGCAAUAGUCGAAGGUGAUAGCGAGUUCGUCCGCAGUUGGCUUGACCAAGAAGGCAACGAUCCCAACACUCGAGACUAUACAGGACGCACGCCUUUGCAUUUGGCUGCUGCUAACUCUUCUGUGGAGAUAGUGCAACUUCUCAUCGACAGCGGCGCUCGCAUGAUUGCCCGACUCGUAGACGGCAAGACUGCUUUGCAUCUAGCCGCAAUACGAGGUAGCGUUGAGAUUGUUUCAGCUCUUCUAAGAAAGAGCGAGGCCAACGAGGAAGAAGCCGAGAAGAAGACUGGUGCACGGAGAGCGGCACAUGCAGCCGCCAAAGAGGGCACUCUACUUGACAAUGCCAUGAGUCAGGCGACCAGCGACGAUGAAGCCUCUGGUGUUGACAUGAUGGAUGACUCCGACCAGGACGAGGACAUGGAUGCCACAACGGAAAACUCCAUCGUCAACAUCAAAAAGCCGGACAUGAAAGCUGAUGACAAAGCCUUAGAGGGUGACGGCGAGGAUGAACCGGACGUGUACGAUGUCAACGUUCUCGCAUGGGAUACUGCGGUCUCGCCACUUCAUCUGGCGAUCGUGAAUGGUCACAUCAAUGUCGUCAAGACUCUCGUCCAGGACUUUGGCGCUGAUGUCCUGCUUCCGAUCAAGAUCUUCAACGACCACGACAAGUCUGCGCGAGCGGCAAUUCUGACCAUGGCACUGGCUUUGCAGCUUCCUCUGGAAAAGGCGCAGAAGAUGACUCGCACUCUAAUCAGCCUGGGAGCGUCAACGGCCCAAGCAGAUAUUUCUCAAAACACUGCUUUGCAAUACACAGUCGCAGAGUGCCCUGACAUGGUCCAGACUCUGCUUGAUGCCGACAAAGUCGGCUUUGAUCGAGCUGUCAAUCAUCUGUGCGUUGACGCCUCCUACUACUCGCCAGGCGUGACAAGCCCUCUCGUGACUGCCAUUGAAGCAAGAGAUAGCUCGACAGCUCUCUUCUUGCUCUUGAACGGAGCGAAGCCUGAGAUCGAUUUCAGCGCCUACAUGAAGGCGUAUCAGACGACGCGAGAGCCACCUAAAGAUUCCAAGCAGAACAAGCAAGACUUCGAGAGGCGUGUUCAUCAACCAGUCAUGAAUGCUGUGCAAUGCGAGCUACCAGAACUUGCGCUCGAGCUCAUUGAAAAUUACAGCGUUGAUCCAAACACCCUUUCGACAUCAGGGUGGUCUGUGAUUCAUAUCGAAUACACUCGCAGGUUCAACAAGGGCACGACACUGCUCGACGCCGUCAGGAGCAAGAUCAAAGAACUUCAGGAAUGGAAGCCAUCAAAAGACGACACAGCAGAUCCACCGAUAGCUUUGCAGCCAGACUCCGCUUACCUAGCCGACCUGAAGGAAGGCUCAUACAUGCACUGGUCUGCUGAGAAACAGCUUGAAGGGGCGAAGAGACAAUACAAGAGUGACCUCAAGAAUCAUGAAGAAUCGUUAAAGCAAGCGAAUCUCAAGACUGGACUGGCUGAGAAGCAGGCUGCCAUAGAUGCGAUGGCUGAUCGUUUCAAGAAGCUGGAGCAAGUGCUGCUUAAUCGAAACGCGAAGACAUUUGCAGAAUUGUAUCCUGAUAUCAAGGAUACCGAGGAAAACUACAUUUUCCCUUACAACCCAUGGAAGCCACCGAAGCGGGAGUUCAAGGUCGACUUCAGCUUCCAGUUGGGAAACCUCACCGAUGAGGUUAGCCUGCGGUAUAUUAAGCUUUUCGAGGCUACUUGGUACGGCAAUAUCAAAGCAGUCAAGGAAUUGACUCUCACGGGAUGGAAGAACAGCGAUGGAGAUGAUCAGCCCCCUCUACAAAUUGCUGUCCUUGAUCAGCACAAUCUGUCUCCCUUUGCAAUCGCUGUUCUACAUGGUCAGUUCGAACUUGCAUCUGUGAUCAUGGGGAUCGCGAAGGCCCAAUUUGAGCCUCUUGACGAGGAGGAUAGACGACGCUAUGGCAUCGACGGAGAGGACGACUCCGACUCAGAAGGCGGUGAUGAAGUCAAAGUCUAUUCCGAGCUUGUCGACCAGGAUUUCACCAUCGACACAGUUGGCGAAGUCUCAACGCAAGUCAAGAGCCGUGUCAAACCGCUGACGAUGCUGCAAUGGAGCUGUCCUGCUGAAUCCUUCAUGGGUGGCCCACUGCGGUCUUCACCACAGAAUGGCACUGGUCAUACCUACUUCGGACCUCGCAAGACAGCGUAUUCAUUGACAGGAACGCGCACGGAUGCGGGGUCACUGAAAGCCUCUAGCAAUCACAUCUCGGACGAAAAGCGCAAGGCCAUCGGCCCUCCAAGGAAUCUGCUCCAGUUUGCAAUCCAUAAUGACGACCGCGAUCUGCUUACCUAUCUUUUGUCGCUUGGAGAGGAAUACACAAGAGCCGACAUGCACCAGGGCAGCGAAGACGCUAAGCGCUUCUAUACUAUGGAUUCGAAUGAUUUUCUUGAAGCAAUCAAGCUCGACCGCCCUCACUUGGUUGCAGAGAUCAUCAAGCAUACUGGCGCCGGUAUCCCCAUUGACUCCCUUGUUAAGAAGACUGGCAUUGAGGCAAUCGAGAAGCCCAAGUACUAUCAAGGCUUGUCUGUUUACGGCAAGAAGCGUCGUGACUGGGCGGAUGCUGGCCGGGGUUACUCUGGAUACCAGCCUGUCGAGGAUCAUCGUCCUCCAAUGCUUGAGGCUGCCUACCACUCGUCUUUAGAAACUGUUGAGUGGUUUCUCAGCGAUGCGCCCAUGCGCAAUUACCAAGAAUUUGCCGCAGCUCACAAGGACGACAAGAGGGUUCAGCUGCUGUCUGAAGCUCCAGGCGGAUUCGAACAAGCAGUGUCCCGCUUCCUGAGUGCUCGCUCGAAGCUUGCAAUUCACUGCUGCCUGUUAGGCAAGCAGCUUCCCGAAACCAACAAAGUCCUCGCUUUCCUAGUCAAAGCUAUGCCGGAUGCUAUCGAUCACAAGAACGCAGAAGGUAUUACACCCCUUCACAUCGCAUUCCAGUACUUCAGGGAUGAGGCUGUGAAGAUCCUGACAAAGCACGGAGCGGAUCAGACUGCUCGGGACAAAUGCGGCAACAACAUCGUACACAACAUCCUCAAGCGAGUCAUCACCAGCAAGAAGAAGCUUGCAAAAUUUUCUCACAUGCUGGACCUAAUUGAUCAACGCUUAUUACCAACCCUGUUCUCUGAGCGAAGCUCGGAGCAUCCAGGUUCGCUCACACCGCUCGCCAGGCUUAUCGAGAUGUACAAAUCAAAAACUGGCGAUAUUUUGAAGUAUGGCAACGAAAGUUUGCAAAUCUUGCUCCAGUACAGCAAAGGCGAAGAACUCAACACCAUCAACGGCGAAGGCCAUGCCCCAAUCCACGUCACAGUCCGAGAAGGCAAUGUGGCCCUUACCCAGACUUUACUAUCCCACGACCCAACUCUCCUCCUGCGAGAAAACGCGACUGGCAGAACACCAUACGAAAUGGCCGAAGACGGCACCAUCGCGGAAGCAUGUAAUUCUCCCCCCGCUCUGCCUGGAGACUCUCGUUUCGACGCCCAUCGUGCGAGGAAACAAGGCUUACCGCGUGAUUGGAGGAGCAAUGUUCUUAAUCGUGAUCCCAUCAGUUUUACAACGGACGCCGCUGUAGAAGGUCAGAGUGAUGCUGAGAAAGUCUGGGAUUUGCUCAAGGAGACAAAGCUUAAGCUUGAGAACGAGGGACAUGGACGCGCGAAGAGGAGGUUGGUUACUCUGAAUGAGGCUAAUGAGGUUGCGAGACGGCUUGCUGCGAGUAAGUCUGGUAAUUUGAGGGUUUUGCUAGGUGAAGAUGGGGGGGAGGAGGAGGAGGAGGAGGAGGAGGAGGAGGAGGAGGAGGCUGAAGAUGGCAUUAAAAUCUGGAUUUCGAGUGCGAGUAGCGAUCUGAGUGAUUGA